AGAGGAAGGGAGCAGCGGCGACAUCUUGGAUUCGCGAGUGAACGGUGACCGCAGCCUCAAACGCCGAAUACGCGGAAUAACACCGAGCCUCGGUCGGAACCGGACGCGCCUGCCUCUAUCGAGUCGGUCCGGUCCGGUCCGGAGGGACGCACAGAGACUGACGCGCAGAGUUUUCCAACAUGGCUCGUGUGCACUGAGUGAGACCACCACCAUGAUCGGAGGACUCUUCAUCUACAACCACAAGGGCGAGGUGCUGAUCUCCCGCGUCUACCGCGAUGACAUCGGGAGGAAUGCGGUGGAUGCGUUCCGUGUGAACGUGAUCCACGCCCGUCAGCAGGUACGCUCGCCCGUCACCAACAUCGCCCGCACCAGCUUCUUCCACGUCAAGCGCUCCAACAUCUGGCUGGCUGCCGUCACCAAGCAGAAUGUCAACGCAGCCAUGGUCUUCGAGUUCCUCUAUAAGAUGUGUGACGUCAUGACCGCCUAUUUCGGCAAGAUCAGCGAGGAGAACAUCAAGAACAACUUUGUGUUGAUCUACGAGCUUCUCGACGAGAUCCUGGAUUUUGGGUACCCCCAGAACUCUGAGACCGGAGCACUGAAGACUUUCAUUACUCAACAGGGUAUUAAGAGCCAGCAUCAUACGAAAGAGGAGCAGUCUCAGAUUACCAGUCAGGUCACCGGACAGAUUGGCUGGAGACGCGAGGGCAUCAAAUAUCGCCGCAACGAACUCUUCCUGGACGUGCUGGAAAGUGUGAACUUGCUGAUGUCACCGCAGGGUCAGGUGUUGAGUGCGCACGUCUCGGGCCGUGUGGUGAUGAAGAGCUACCUGAGCGGAAUGCCAGAGUGCAAGUUCGGCAUGAACGACAAGAUUGUCAUCGACAAGCAGGGCAAAGGUGGCACGACUGAUGACUCGGGCAAAAGUGAGUUGGGGGGCAGCGGGAAACAGUCCAUUGCGAUCGAUGACUGCACAUUCCAUCAGUGUGUCCGUCUCAGCAAGUUUGACUCGGAGCGCAGUAUUAGCUUCAUCCCUCCCGAUGGAGAGUAUGAGCUCAUGAGGUACCGCACAACUAAAGACAUCAUCCUCCCCUUCCGCGUCAUCCCAUUGGUCCGUGAGGUGGGCCGCACCAAGCUGGAGGUAAAGGUGGUGAUCAAGUCCAACUUCAAGCCCUCCCUGCUAGCACAGAAGAUCGAGGUGCGCAUUCCUACUCCGCUCAACACCAGUGGGGUUCAGGUCAUCUGUAUGAAGGGAAAAGCCAAGUACAAAGCCAGUGAGAACGCCAUUGUUUGGAAGAUCAAGCGAAUGGCUGGUAUGAAGGAAUCUCAGAUCAGUGCCGAGAUUGAGCUGCUACCCACUAAUGACAAAAAGAAGUGGGCUCGCCCACCCAUCUCCAUGAACUUUGAGGUACCGUUCGCUCCAUCAGGACUGAAAGUGCGCUACCUGAAGGUCUUCGAGCCAAAGCUCAACUACAGCGAUCACGAUGUCAUCAAAUGGGUGCGUUACAUCGGUCGCAGCGGCAUCUACGAGACCCGCUGCUAACAGCAGCCCUUCCUGUGAGGAGGGGGAGAGACGCAGACGGGUAAACGGGUGGGAUGAACAGAGGACGAAGAGAAUGGAGUUAUUCAUUGUCUCGCUCUCCCCUCCUUUCCUCAACUUUUUAUAUGGGGCUCCAUUCACGCCGAAAACAUCAACAAAGGGAAACCCAAAAAAAGAACAUCCAAAACAUCAUGAAUUCAAACAAAUGCCCUUCAGAAUAAAAAAACGUAGUUUAUCUGCAAUGAAGGAAAUUGUUUAUGCUCGUCAACUCCCUUCAGAAUUUCACUUGCUAUGAGAUGAGAUGUAAACCCCCACUCGUUUCUCCUUUCUAAUUCUUCCACAACAUGCAUUCCAGGCCCCCAGUCCCUAUUGAAUCCCAGCUAAUUCGAGGCUCGGGCCCCUUUUCAAGCCGGUGAUUAGCGCUGAACCUGCGUUUCUGCUCACAGUGUGGCCAUUUCCGGCUCCUAACCUGGACCCUGAAAACGCACCCCUUCAUGCUUCGUUUUUGUAGUGGUCCCUCCUAAAAGUAUUUAGUUAGGUAUCGUCCACUUUCUUGUUCUCAGUGAAUUAGUGUAAACGUUAAACCAGUGGCCCCACAAUGUUCUUGAGCGUAACUCUUCAGUGUCCAUCCAAAGUUUCACGUACGCUGACGUUACCAUUUGGAUUUUGUCUUAAUUUCUUUCUUGUCUCGAUAUAAAAGAAUUUCUCAAUGUGACCAAAAUGAGGUGCGAGGACGUU